GGGUAUAGCCGGUGGAAGCAGGUUGCCCUAUAAAAGUAGAGAGCAAUCUUUUUCUCACUAACUGAGGUAUAGAGAGAGAAAGAGCGUCGCUGAGACGUAACAGGUCACAGUUUCUAAGCUGCAGAUCCUAGUGUAUGCCUUAUCCAGUUAUGUUAGAGAUCAGUGUGAUAGAAAAGAAAUUAAUUAUUAUAAAACAAACUAUUAUUUCCUAAACGUUAGAAACAUUAUAGACGUGUUUCCCAAAUGAUUUCACGUUGAGUAAAAUAAAAAAAUUUUUUUUAAAUUAUGUCUGCUAACUAUACGCUCAAUUAAUUUUCAUUUAUUAUAAACAAAUUAUUAUUUCCUAACUUGGAGAAUAUAUUCCUAAAUUUGCCCAAAUGGUUCCCAAACGAUUGCAAUAAUAAAAAAUAAAAAAUACCAAAUUUGUUUGCUAAGUAUACGAAGGUGUUCCGGACCCCUCAUGGUCAUGUGGAUCACUGGGACAAAACGCAGACCACAUCUUUUGGAAUUACCCACACUACAAUGCACAAAAAAAAUUACUUUUAACCCAGCUGACAAAAUACAAGAAAACUCCACCAUUUGUGAUUCAGGAGAUUCUUCCUCUGAGAUUAUUCACGCCCUUUAUUCUUUUCUUAAAUCCUCCAACCUCAACAUAUAACUUUACUCUCUUCCCUGUUAUUUUUCUAUUUCCUUUUUUUACUCUUGCUAACCAAUUGUUGGCUGGAAUGUCUUGAUCAUAUCCAGAUCGAACAUGGCCAUCUAAAAAAAACCAAAAAAGAGAGGUGCAAGCAGACCUGAUUGCAUUUGGAAUUGGUUAAAAAAAGAAGAAUUAAGAACUUUAAAAAUAAUAUAUAAUUUCAUUGUGAAAACAGGAAGAAUAAUCUAAUAUUCAAAGAGGGAAUAAAAGAAAAGUCUGUAUGUAAAUGUGUGCGAGAUAACUCUCAUAGUUGGAAGCACUCUUUAUUAAAAAAAAAAAGCAAUAUUGCAUAUAUUUUUAUAUUUAUAUUUAUAUUAUGUACAGAUGAGAAAUAUCUAUUUUAACACAUAAAGCAUCAUAUUAUAGGCGAAUGUAAUAAUUUAUAAUUAAUUACAGUAACUUAAAGGCUGUAAUUGUGAAAAUAAAAUUGGAAAAAGGACAAAUAAGACACAAUAGUUUAUUAUAAAUAAAAUGGACAUUACAUUGGAUGAUAAGUUGAAUGCGCUGCGACAGAUAAGUCAGCGGAAGCUUGUAGAUAUACUAGAGAGCAUUCCAGGAUUGAUGAAGGAUCUGAUAAUAGAACAGAAAUUGAUGAAAAUACUGGACAGUUUUGUAGGAGUGACUGUAUUAAAGCGAUGUGGAGUGGACAAGAUUUAUAAGCUGGAUGAAGGAUUAAAACCAUCAAAUAGUCAACGUAUAUUUUUAGUAUCUAACGAUUUAAUCGCGUGCAAGAGAGUACUGGAUCAAAUACAAUCCGAAAUAUCUCAUGUUACCAAGCCUCAUGUCCAAGUGUGCCAUCACUUAUUGGUCAUGCCAUUUGUUCCAACUGUAUUACAUAAUUUAGUCGAAGAGGAAGGUUUGGCUGAGCUGGUUUCACUGCGGACGCUAUCUGUAGAGUUUAUAAAACUAGAUGGAAACGUUUUAUCCUUGGAAAAUCCAAUGUUCAUCGAUCUCUACUAUCACAAGGAUAUCAGUCCCCUGCGAGCAUUGGCACGCAAUUUGUGGUCAUUGCAGUUGAUACUUGGUUCACCCAGACUCUCACUUCUCGUCGGCAAGCACAGCCAACAAGUGGGCAAAUUGAUGGAAUCCAUGGUACAAUGUCUAGGUUCGUCCAGCCUAGAGAAUGAAAUCGGUGCUCUAAUCGUGAUGGAUAGGGAUUUUGAUCUGGCGACGACUCUCUUGACACCUGUCACCUAUUCGGGUCUGUUGAACGAAGUUGUUGAGGUGAACGUCGGCACAGCAGUGCUGGGAAAAUCGCAAGUCAAAUUGGAUCCAGAUAAAGAUCAGAUCUUCGGAGAAGUAAGAGACACACCCUGCAGCGAGGUUUUCCCGAUUAUACAUGGAAAGGCUAAGUCACUAAAAUCUGAACAGGAAGCUAUACAAACGAUGAAAUUGGCCGAAAUGGAAAGAUAUGUGUCGACGAGAUUGCAAAAGACUAAGAAUAUGACGCAACAAUUGGCGUUUCAUAUAUCCGCGUGUCAGACUAUCGCGGAUACUUUGGGUUCCGAAUUUCAAGCUUUGCAGAUGAUCGAGAAAUUGAUGCUCGACUGCAAGAACAGAAAAGAAUGUUUCAGCUAUAUAGAGAGAAAUAUAGAUGAACAUGCGUUACGAUGUUUGCGUCUUCUGUGCCUGCUGUCUAUCACUACCGACGGUGUUACGCAGAGCGAACUUCAAAAUAUCCAAAAACUGCAUCUCCAUACUCAUGGUUAUCAACACAUCCCUUUAUUUUACAAAUUACACACUGUUGGUUUAUUGAAGUAUAGAACCGAAAAUAUUUUACACAAGUUGCCAAAUCGGAAUAGCGAGUGGAGCAGCAAUGCGCAGAGAUUAAAGAUGUUACCCAAUUACUCUAAACGAUCUGAUCAGAAUAGUCGUACUUGUCCUAGUUAUGUGUUCAACAACGCUUAUAUACCCGCCAUAGUUCGUACUUUGAUCAUUUUCUUUCUAUAUUAUAAUAUUAUAAUUUUACUUAAUUUCGCGAUAUUAAUUGUAGGCACAAAUAUUAAACAUCGUAUCGAAUCAAGAGAAGGAUCCUCGCAGUUUCGAAGACUUGUUGAAUUUAUCGAGUUGCGCCGUGAAUGGUCAACGGGGUACGUUAUCGCCAAAGAUGGUCGUGAUCUGUGUGGUAGGAGGCAUUACAUGCGCAGAAAUAGCGGCCUGUCGACUCAUCGAGAAGUCCACGGGGAUACGUCUCAUUCUUGCGUCCGAUGCUAUUUUAACGGGUAACAAACUCAUUCAGAGAAUACAAGAGAUAUAAAGACUCUGUAAUGGCAUUCAGCAGGAAUAUAAAAGAUAUUGUGUCUAUUCUUUUUUGUAUAAAUAGACAAGAGAUUAUAAUAAUUCUUCGUAUGCACGAAUGAUGAAAGAGAGUAAAUGCGAAUGAUUGUUCAAUAUAAGAAAAAAAAAGUCAAAAAUAUGAAACGAAAGCGUUCGAAUAUAUCGUUGAACGAUUCGUUAAUAACUUCUACUUCAAAUCAAUCAAGACAUAUGAAAAAGUGAAUGAAACAAUUGUCGAAUGUGGUUAAGAAUAUCAACACGAGAUUGUUGUGUGUAUACAAUAUUCUUAUCGAUAUAUUAUUUAUAAUAUGAGAGUGUUUAAACGUUACACGUUCAUUAAACGUUAUUACGCUUAAA